AAACACGAGGAUUUGUCGGCAUUGUUAAGUCAGACAGUUGAAGAACGUGAUCAAUUGGAUAAAAAAACCAAGGAUUUAAUAAUUGAAAUUGAAGGUUUGAAAGAGAUGAAUAUAACUGACGAUAAAGAAAUUUCAAGGCUUAAUUCUGAAUUAUCAGAAGCCAAAGAUGAAAUGAUUCGACAAAAUGAGCUUUUAUCAGAAUUGAAUUCAAAACUUACUAAUGUUGAAAAAGAACAAUCGAAUAUUUCUAAUCUUAAAUCUCAACUUGAGGAAGCUAAAAAUAGCUCGGUAUUAGACCAAGAAACCAUUAAACUUGAAGAUAGAAUUCAAGAAACUAACAUCAAAGUUCAAGAGAAAGAUAAUGCAAUUAACAAUAAUGUCGAGUUGAUUAUGGGAUUAGAAGAAAAUUUAAAGAAACUUAAAUCGCAACUUGAAAAUGCAGAAAAAUUCAAGUCUGCUGAAGCUCAAGAACUUGAAUCCAAGAUUUUGGAGUUAGAAGAACAAAUAAAGAAUAAUCCUACGCGUGAAGAUCUUGAAGCCGUCAAAGAAUCAUACGAUAAACAGG